AUGGAGGCGCCGCCCCCGCCGCUACCCGCGAUGACUCUGGCCCCUGGCCGGAGCCGAAAGCUCCUGCUGCUGCCUCUGCUGCUGUUCUUGCUGCGGGCCGAAGCUGUGCGGGGCUUGGAGGCGGAGGAGAGGCCCCGAACCCGCGAAGAGGAGUGCCACUUCUACGCGGGUGGCCAAGUGUACCCGGGAGAGGUGUCCCGGGUUUCGGUCGCCGACCACUCCCUGCACCUCAGCAAAGCCAAAAUUUCCAAGCCAGCACCUUAUUGGGAAGGAACAGCUGUGAUAAAUGGAGAAUUUAAGGAGCUCAAGUUAACUGAUUAUCGUGGGAAGUACCUGGUUUUUUUCUUCUACCCACUUGAUUUCACUUUUGUGUGUCCAACUGAAAUCAUCGCCUUUGGUGAUAGAAUUGACGAAUUCAGAUCAAUCAACACUGAAGUGGUAGCCUGCUCUGUUGAUUCACAGUUCACCCAUUUGGCCUGGAUUAAUACUCCUCGAAGACAAGGAGGACUUGGGUCAAUAAGGAUUCCACUUCUUGCAGAUUUGAACCAUCAGAUCUCAAAGGACUAUGGCGUAUAUCUGGAAGACUCAGGCCACACUCUUAGAGGUCUCUUCAUUAUUGAUGACAAGGGAAUCCUAAGACAGAUUACUCUGAAUGACCUUCCCGUGGGUAGAUCCGUGGAUGAGACACUACGUUUGGUUCAGGCAUUCCAGUACACUGACAGACACGGAGAAGUCUGCCCUGCUGGUUGGAAACCUGGUAGUGAAACAAUAAUCCCAGAUCCAGCCGGGAAACUGAAGUAUUUCGAUAAAAUGAACUGA